GCUGCACUGGAUGGGCGUCUCGUCGGGGUCGCCGCGUGGUCGUUUGCAUUCGCCUCUGGUGUUGGAGAGAGUUGUGCGGCCCCGGGAGUUCUGUCAUCAAUGAGAUCCACCGUCUCCCGAGGUCCUUAUCCACCCCAUCUCACGAGGAAGCCGCGGGAGGAGGAGAUCGACCGGGCAUUCGCAGGUCGGAGAAGGAGGAGAGGCGUGGAUGCCAGCCAGGGAGGCGGAUCGGCUCGCCUCCGCCGCGCCGUGAGCGCCGCCGCAGCCUCUGCAUCCACCUUGCUCCACAUAGCAGCAUGUGUGCGGAAGCACGGACAGGCGACCACGAGCAGAUGGCGUCGGCAGCAACGGCAACACGCACGGUGCGCGAAGUCCGGUAAGAUGGGCGCGGCCUGCCUGCAGGCAUUUCAGGAUGGAGUGCCCGACGGCUCGGAACACGCGCGCCCGGCGCACACGAGGUAUGCCUCGGAGUACGCCGGCAGCAACAUGCACCGCGAGAUCCCGGAGAAGCCCAGCCAGUACAGAGCCCCUCCGUACUGGACGAACCCUGCGACUCCAUCCUCGCCUCCACUCACAGGUCUAUGCUGAUUUCCACAAUAACACUGCCUCCAACUUUCUCAUUUCCCCGGCUCUGCAUACAAGGUACAAACUAGGUAUGCAAAUCUUGUUAUCGCUUGUUCAGUCGCUUUCUGGUUUAUGCCCUUUCACCUGCAUAUGCGAGGCAGUGUGUGGAAUUUAGGUGCUGGUUUGAACAAAUUACAAUGAUGUAGUGGUGAGGAUCGGUACAGUCACCGGCAUUAUAUUGUGGUCAGCUUGUUUGUCUGCUUGUUCAUGCAUUCUAAUACAUGAUGUCCUGAUGAUUUGUGAAGUUCUGUGUAUCACGUGACAAGCUGCACAUAAGGUAGCAUGGCAGCUUGUUUGUUGCUUUUAGGAUGUACAUGUACCCAGGUGGAUCAAAUACAGAUACCGAUCAUAUAAUUUUCUUUACUCGUGUGUUUUUCAUGUGUCUGCCAAGCGUUUCGACAAAUUGAUUAUAUCAUUCAGAUGUAUUCAGGCCAGGUUUCUGUGAUCCAAAAAAAAUCAUGUGGCACUGGCUUUCUUAUUACAUACAAAGCUAAAUGUGGAGAAGUAUAUAUGUUCAUUAUUUGGUAACUGAACUGAAUUACCUUGGUAUAAAACUCCCAUUAGCUUUUGUCGGAGGUGCUGUAAUGAUUUGUCGGAAAGGCUUUUAUAUUUCCAAGUUGAUCAACUACACAACUUUUGAUCCUAAAGCCUUUCUUUAAAAGGGACUGGUCAAUACAGCUCGAUGUUGUGCUAUGUUGCUAUUGGGCUCUUUUUUGUUUUCUUAAAAUGGUCGGAUAUCUCUCAUGUUUUAUUCAUGGUCGAUUGCUUAUAUCCAAAAUAAUUAUGUUAAUACACUGAAGUUAAUUUCUAUUCCCUCCGUCCCAAGUCUCAAGCUUAGUUUAAAGUUGAGACACUUAUUUUAGGACAGCGGGAGUACAUCAUCAGUGAAGUUGGCUAAA